CACUUCCUCUCUUCAGCGGCUGUCGGCUAGCGUGUUGCAUGAUCUGCUCGAUCCUCGCAUUAUUUUCCCUGUUUUCCCCAGCUAUGGCCGCAGCCCGUGAACGCACUUUCUUGAUGAUCAAGCCCGACGGUGUCCAGAGAGGACUGGUCGGCAAAAUCAUCCAGCGCUUCGAGGAGAAGGGCUUCAAACUGGUCGCCAUGAAGUACUUGUGGGCCUCUGAGGAUUUACUGAAGGAGCAUUACGCUGAUCUCGCCAAAUUUCCCUUCUACCCCAGCCUGAUCAAGUACAUGAACUCCGGCCCCGUUGUGCCUAUGGUCUGGGAAGGCCAAAACGUUGUGAAGACAGGACGUGUGAUGCUCGGCACGACCAAUCCCGUCGACUCUGCCCCAGGAACCAUCCGUGGAGACUUCUGUAUCCAAACUGGACGCAACAUUAUCCAUGGUUCGGACGCUGUUGAGUCUGCCAAUAAGGAGAUUGCUCUGUGGUUCAAGCCGGAAGAGCUGGUGGCCUGGCAGCCCGCUUCCGCCCCCUGGGUCUAUGAGGAUUAAAUGAUGCUGCUUUUUACAAGUAACAUCACAAGAACUUAUUUAACAGCCAUUCCUCGCUUCGAUUCCAGCAAAAUGUGUGAUUCUGCUGCUUUUUAUCUGACCACUUUAGUGCCGACUUUUAGAAAUGUUUUAUUAAAUGUUUAAAUUUUGACCAAAACUCUUGUCGAGUUUAGCAGCUUUUAAUUGGCCGUUUACUUUCACAUUUAAUGUUUUAAUCUGAGUAAAGAUUUCAAAACUGGCACUACCAAAAUUGUAACCUAACAUGGAGUUUAAUUAUUGUUGCAAUACAAAACUGCUGUCUUUAAACAGCCCCUUUUUUAUUAAAGGAACACGCUAGAA